CACAAAGCUGAAAGCACAGCAUUCGCUUUAUAUCUUCUCUCUCUUUCUUCCUCUGUUCUUCCUUCCCUCCCCUGUGUCGCUGGAAGCAACAAAAAUGCAGAUCUAAGAUCCACAACAAGGCCCUCGCCAAUUCCCGUGAGAAGAUCCAUUCCCCAUUUGGCAAUCAAUCCUCAAAUGCGGGCUUCCCUCCUCCCGAUCUGAUACACAGUAUUACAAACUUGACCAUACAAUUGAUCAUGUCGAGAAGGCAAGCAGGUUCCACACGUCGGUAUGCGGAUAGCGGAGGCUUUCUUGGAGGAUCAUUGCAUUCGAAGUCCCGGUCUUCUCCACUGCUAUCCGUCGGCCUAGUCCUUCUUGGAGGAGGCCUUCUUAUAUGCCUUGCUUACAGUGGCUCAGGCCUAUUUGGAAGUACCAGAUCGGUAGUUAGCAAGAUCGAAGGAGACUUCUCAUGCACUGCCGAGGCCAUAAGAGCAAUUCCUGUCCUCAAGAAAGCGUAUGGUGAUAGCAUGCGCAAGGUCAUGCACGUUGGCCCCGAGACCUGCUCGGUGGUAUCCAAGUUGCUCACUGAAGAAGAGAGAGAAGCUUGGGGCGUGGAACCAUACGAUUUGGAAGAUGCUCAUGGACACUGCAAGGCCCUUGUUCGUAGAGGCAUCGUUCGUGUGGCAGACAUCAAGUUCCCCCUCCCCUACCGGCCAAAGUCGUUUAACCUUGUUAUGGUAUCCGAUGCGCUUGAUUAUCUGUCCCCAAGAUACCUCAAUAAGACUCUUCCUGAUCUAGCACGAGUCGCGAGUGACGGAGUCAUUGUCUUUGCAGGUUCUCCCGGUCAACAAAGGGCCAAGGUUGCUGAGUUAUCCAAAUUUGGAAGGCCGGCGAAAAUGCGGAGCAGGUCCUGGUGGGGGAAGUACUUUAUGCAGAUGAACUCGGAAGAGAAUGAGGCUGUCGCUAAGAAGUUCGAGCAAGCUUCGUCGAAGAUGACAUUCCAGCCAAGCUGUCAAAUUUUCCACUUGAAACCAUACCAUUGAUAGCUUACACAAUUAGAUUCUCGAAAUCUCUCUCCCUCUCCCGUUUGAAAUCAUUCUGCCAAAACGACUAAGGGAACAUCCUUCAAUUACAUCAUUUUUGUUCUCAACAUUGUUCACAUAAUAUUGAUUUGAUUAUUUGUGGAAUCCGCAGUUACAUUGUAU